GAGCUCCCCCUUCCACUCCUCCUCUGGCCCUGGUCCGAAUCCCCCAUCCCCCUCUCCAUCUGGCCCCAGUCUGAACUCUGCCUCCACUCUAACACUCAACUCCAAACUGAACCUUGACUCAACACUGUCUCUCGGCCCCAGACUUCCAUUCUCUUUUUUAUCUGACAGUACAAGUACGAUCGAUAAUACGCCAUUAUUAAGUUUGAAGAAUUCAUUAGCUCCAUCUCCAGUUAUUCAAAACAAAGACCAGAGGAAUGUGAUGAACCAAAGCAGAACCAAACUGAACAGCCAGCCUGCCCUGGACUCAUCAGAACGACCCUGGGGUACAGAUUCCAACUCAGAGCAGCUGCCACUGCUGACCAGCACAUGGACUGUGGAACCCGCUGAGAUGAACACUAGUGAAGAAGACAUGGAUACCAGAAAUGAUGCCAAUACUCGCCCAGUCAGUAUUUCACUGGGAGGACCAAAAUCCCCGCUAAAGAUCUCAGGAGAUCUUGUAACCAGCAUUUCACCAAACACUGACCAAGCAUCAACAACCCAAUCAGCAGGAACAAUGCCACCAAUGGCAUUUAAAAUCCCGUCUGUCACAGCGAGCAUUUCUGGAGAUGAGGUUUCCAAUGAUCAGUGGAGGAGCAGCCAGCAGGGCCGCUCAUGCACACAUGGCAUCACUCUUUCGGCAGACCCUGAGAUUGAAUUAGUGACAAGGCCCCAGUCAUGGGAUGAAGUGAAGGUUCCAGUCACGUCGACCCCAGCUCAUGACCUUUCAGCUCAUUUAAGUAUUCUUGCUGACGAGGGAAUUGUGGAGAUUUUCCCAGGAAGUGGUUCUGUGAACAGGGUGGAAAGAUCCAGUACAGCAAGCGACACAGCAUGGACUGAAAGUCAGGACCAAAACUCCCUUCCGGGUGUCCCUGCCAACCCCAGUGAGCUUAUCACACCUCACUCAGAACAAGGCAGGAAACAGGAAAGUGAGUCAGAUCAACAUACACUUUUCUUCUCUCAGACCACUGACAUUUCAGAAUUGCUCUCCACUCAAAAUGUAAACACACAAAAUCUCGUAAACAGCUUCAAGAUGGAUCCAGUGGUAGGGGCAGUGAAUCAGCUAGAAACCACUCAUUGGACAUUAGAUUUCAAAGGCACUUCAUCAGAUUUUGAUGGAUCCAUUACAUCAACUCUCAACCAAGUAAUGAUUAAAUCUGUGUCCAAUUCCGGGAACAUGUUUGAAGUUCCUGAGCUGAUGACCCAUUCUUCAAACCUUCCAGUACAGGAAGGUGCUAAAAAAGAUACCACAACACUGAGCUAUGAGUCAGGACCCAGUGGCAGUGAAUGUCUCCCUGAAAUACUUCCAACAGUUGCCUCUCUGAGUAGUGCCAUCACGACACAGAGUGCUCGAUCACAGUUCCCAGUAACGGAUAAAAAUGCCCUCACGACACAAGGGGAAUUGUUCACUAACAGAAUCCUCAGCUCCAUUUCAUUGACUCCAGGUAUGACUUUCGCUGCCAAUUCUGUUGAUGGAAGUGGAGGUGAAAUGGUGUCAAGUGAAGUGACAGAGGAUAGUGGUGGUGUUACAGGCAGGGGCUCUGAGAUUCUGAGUACUAGAGACACCCCAGUGGAGGGUGAUGGGAAUGUGACACUGUUAACCUUCACUAAAGAUGGAACGACCAAGGUGAUGGCCACUCACAGCCAAAGGUUAGAGGUUACUCCGAGGGCUAAAAGCAGUUCAGGAAUCUCAGUCAUUUUUGACUUACCGGGGACUGAAAAGAAUGGCAACAGAAUGAAUACUCUCCAUGACAGCACUAUUGAAAUGAUGGUUACCGUAGAACCUUCUGGUAAAACCACAUGGUUCGAGGGAGGAACCAGUUCACCGUCAAAUUCUGGAGGGAAAAAUACAGGUGGGUCUCAAACUGAAGGUAACAUAGUAUAUGGGGACAGAGUCCCAUCAUUCAGCCCAAGAACACCCGCACCAGAGCCCAUCACACCACAGCCACCAGCGAGUGUAAGCCCAACAUCUGUUGAAGUUGAUCACAGUGCAUCUCCACCUAAAGAAAUCUUUCCAACCACCCUAUCACUCACAUGGUUGCCAGAGAGAUCUUCAACAGACUUGGAGGCGUCCCCAUCACUAUCCAGUACUCGAGGAACCAUUGCUCCAACCUUAAGUAAAACCAAAAUGCCCAGAUCUGACAAUCCAAUCUCAUCUUCAGGAAGGACAACUGAGGCACAAACAUCUGCAGGUGAGAGGCUCAGAGAGACAUUAACCUCAGUAAUGAACCAAACUUUCCAGAAGGUGACUGAGAUGAACAGAUCAGUAAUUGCUUCGGGAACACCAUCCUUUACUCCAGGAUCCUUGGAUCAAGCUCAGCCUGAUACCAGACCCCCAACAUCUCCUUUGCUUCCAGUGUUGACCGACUCUGUUGUUUCAGUGACAAACUUGGCACAGCUUCUGCCAUCUAUAUCCACCUUUGAGACAGCAUCUCAACCAUCAUCUGACCAGACUGGCACAGGGAGUUCACAAACAUUUGGCAGCUCCUCUGCAACUUCUGGUGUCUCAGAUAGAGGGGAACCAACCUGGCCAACCACCAUCGAUUUGAAGAUUACAGUUCCUCCUCCUCCAGCUUUUUCUUCUGCUGAAGAGGAAGAAAAGCUUGUAACCAGUGAGGAAACUACCUUGUCAUGGAUGCUUCGGGUGAACCAGUUGGGAUCACAGCCUAAUGAUGGUUCUCCAGUCACACACGUUGGCACAAAGGAUCUUAACAGCAAUGUAUCCCAAUCAGCCAAGCCCACAGGAAACAAACAGUGGCAAAGGGAAAUAUUGUCAACACUUGCUGCUGCACACUCUGCCACCACUGAGGGCUUUUGGACUUGGGGUCAAUCUGAUUUAGGGACACUGUCAACUGGCCAUGGGGUUGUCCCAACCUCGGGGUCCUCAGCUUCUCCUGAAGGAGCCACGUCACUUCCAGCAGUUACAAUUAUAGCCAAGUCAGUGAUAACUCACAGGAUUCCCACCACCCCAACACCUAGACGCAGUGACAGCUGGACACUGGGCAAGGUUGACACCUCUCCAAACUCACCCACCCCAGGAUUGGGAAUGCUGAUAUCACUGACGCCAACGUCGCAGCCUCUGCACUCACACAUUAACCCAACACCUUCAGAGAGAGCUGUGCAAACCACAAUGCACCAACCUACACUAGGCACACUCAGGGAGCUGAUGAACUCGGUCCCGUCGUCCACUCCAACAGAGAAACGUAAACAAAUUUUCAUCGUGGGGAAUAAGCUGCCGCUGAUCAAAGAGGGCGUCACAGUGAAGAUUCCAACAAAACUCAUUCUGGACAAGAAUUUUACUGUCCAGUUGGAAGACUCAACAUCUGAAGAAUACCAGAACCUGGCCAAGGAUUUCACACACAAAGUUUCUCCAUUUUAUAAGAAACUUCCUGGAUUUAAGCAGUUGCUGGUUAAAUACUUCAGUGCGGGCAGCGUGUUGAUCGAGUUCGAUGUUGUCUUCAUUGCAAAGGAAAUCCAAGCUUACCUGCUGGACCCCAAUUCGAUCUUCAAUGUUACUGGCUUGUACAAUGCGAUCUUAGGCGGCUUUGAGAUUGACAGAGCCCGGGUGCUGAGAGUGUAUGUUUCAGAGGAUUUCAUUGCUUUGUGCGGUGAGGUGUUUUCCUGCCAGACUGGGUUCCAGUGCAUUCACAGUGAUACGAAGAAUGUAAGCUGUACCUCCCUUUGCCACGUUGGCUACUGCAAAAACAGUGGCAUCUGCACCCACAACCAGGGCCAGGGGCCCAUCUGCCAGUGCCCUGUGGGCAUUGAUUACUGGUUCAUGGGUCCCAGGUGUGAUCACAGAAUGACCCGGCAGAACCUGAUUGGAAUCGCACUUGGUGUAGUGCUCAGUCUCCUGGUUGUCAUUACUGCUGUUGCGAUCGCUAUCCUCAGAAGGUUCAAGGUCUUGUUGAUUGAGGCCAAAAUUGACCAGACGAAAAGCAGUUACAAGCGCUUCAGUCGGUUUGAUGAUUUCUCCAAUCAAUACCAGUCCCAGUCCUGGCUCAACUACUCAGUCAGUUCUUUGGACAAUCCUGGCUUCAGUAACUCAGAUGAGCUGAUCCACCUGCAGAUGUUGGACAGCAGUUACUACUCCUGUCAUGAGGAGUCUGUGACAGGUACCUACAGCAGCUGGAGGACAGCCCCCCACGAUCGAUCAACCUUCAGGCACAGUUUACAAAACAACCUGGACGUCAGUAUCAACAGCAUCAAUGAGCACGCUGGGGACUCUGGAAAAGCCAGUGACUUGUCUGUUUACAGCUGGCCCAUUGAACCUCUCCAGUGGUCACCCUUUCCAAUCCUGUACCAGCUGAGCAGGGACAGACCUUUUAAAGCUAGGAGGCCUCGUUCAUACUGCGAAGGGAUGGAACUUGUGAGCAUGGAAAGAAAUUGGACAGCUUGAAAACAUGCAGAAAAGUCAUCAUUCUUUUCCUGAAGGUCAGGCAUGUUUUCCUCUGCUUACGUUGGGAGCAGUACACCCACCAGCACAGUAUCUUUUUCCAUGUUAUUGUACUGGAUGCACUGUGCAAAAACAAUCAGCCAUCCACUUGGCUUUAGAGUUUAACGUCGCUCCUGAGAGUGCAAGCUUCCUGUGGAACCAGGCUACAAGCAGAAGAUUAAAACAACACACCAUCUGCUGACUGCACUCUGACCUUGAGCCUGUGCUGAACAGCGAGCCACUUCAUUUUUUCGUACACACAGAACAUGGCACAGGCUCCAGCGGGAAGGAGGCAUGGACACUUAAAGAAUGGGUGCAACUUUGAAGUUUGGAUUGAGACACUGCAAGAGGAAAGAGACAACUACUGUCCAGAGAUAAAACUACAGAAAAUAAAUGGCAAAGUGAAGGGGUAUAAAUGCUGAGCAGCCAAAAAACGUCAUGAUUUAUUAAUAUUUGAAGUAACUUCAUAAUUCAACACAACCAAAUUAUACAUUUUACAAUCACAUUCUAUUUGUAAACAGUUAAAAAGCCACUGACUUGUUUGCAUCUUCCAACAGACAGUUAUAACAAAGGCAAUGAAAUGGUGGCAUUGUCUGCAGUGUUAAAAUCGUGUCCUGGUUUGUCUGCUCUCUGUACAAGCACGAAUGAAUACAUUUAGUGGCAAAACAAAACAAGAAGUGUAAAGUAACUCGUUUUCUGUAAAACUCUUAUACGCAAACUCUUACAUUAAAACGGCCUCUUACGGA